AUGUGUGAUGGAGAAUUUGAUUUGGGUUCUUACUGCACUCAAACAAGUAUCAUUAACAUCGUAAAUCUGCUCUUCGCCUUUCUUUUUUGCCUAUUUAUGCUCAUAGAUUUCAUUAGAAAACAUCAUAUAAUAGCCGGUUUAUGGGAUCUAAUAGCCCAAAGUGUUGAAUCCACUCACUUUGGCUGGUUGGAUUACUUUGUCCAAGGACUAAUUUGGAUUUCAUUCACAGUUUCCUUGCUUGUUCAAAGGUCCAAAUGGAUCAAAGUUCUAAACUCUGUUUGGUGGGUGUCCUCCUUCUCAUUGGUCUCGGCUCUAAACAUCGAAAUGUUUUUAAGAACCCCUGACAUUCACCUUUUCGACAUACUGUCAUGGCUAGUGAACUUUUUACUUCUCUUGUGUGCUUUUAGAAACCUCAGUCACUUUGCUUAUCAACAUACCCAAGUAAACAGCCUAUCUGAACCUUUAAUAGCUACAAAGUCUGCUCGAAAGAGCCAGCAAACAGAUCUAGAUCAUGCCAGCUUCCUUAGCAAAUUGACAUUUUCUUGGAUUAAUCCUUUACUAAACUUGGGUUCCUCAAAAACAUUAGCUCUUGAAGACAUCCCUUCUCUGGUUUCAGAAGAUGAAGCAAAUUUGGCAUACCAUAAGUUUGCUCAUGCAUGGGAUUCAUUGUCAAGGGAGAAGAGCUCAAGCAGUACAGGAAACCUGGCUCUCCGAGCGAUAGCAAAAGUUUACAUGAAAGAAAACAUAUGGAUAGCCUUUUGUGCAUUCCUCAGGACCAUUUCAGUUGUAGUAUCUCCUCUUAUACUAUAUGCUUUUGUAAAUUAUUCAAAUAGUGACAAGGAAAGUCUCUCUGAAGGCAUCACUAUAGUGGGGUGCCUAAUUCUUACCAAGUUGGUUGAGUGUUUGAGCCAGAGACAUUGGUUUUUUGAUUCAAGGAGGUCUGGAAUGAGGAUGAGGUCAGGUUUGAUAGCGGCAAUCUAUCAAAAGCAGCUGAAACUUUCUAGUAUGGGAAGGAGAAGGCACUCUGCUCGGGAGAUUGUAAAUUAUAUAGCAGUUGAUGCCUACCGAAUGGGAGAGUUCCCAUGGUGGUUCCAUUCAACAUGGAGCUAUGCACUGCAACUACUCCUCUCUGUUGGUGUUCUUUUUGGGGUGGUAGGUCUUGGUGCUCUUCCUGGUUUGAUUCCUCUCAUCAUUUGUGGUCUCCUGAAUGUGCCGUUUGCAAAGGCAAUUCAGAAGUUUCAGUCCCAGUUCAUGAUAGCUCAAGAUGAGCGAUUGAGAGCCACUUCUGAGAUCCUGAACAGCAUGAAAAUCAUUAAGUUACAAUCCUGGGAAGAGAAGUUCAAAAGUUUGGUUGGUUCCCUUCGUGAACAUGAACUCAAAUGGUUGGCUGAGUCACAAUUUAAAAAAGUUUAUUGCAAUUUACUAUAUUGGAUGUCACCUACCAUCAUCUCUUCAGUUAUCUUUAUGGGAUGUAUCCUUUUCCAAAGUGUCCCUCUAAAUGCAAGUACAAUAUUCACAGUUCUAGCUUCAUUAAGGAGCAUCGGAGAACCUGUCAAAAUGAUACCAGAGGCUCUUUCAGUAAUGAUCCAAGUCAAGGUCUCAUUUGACCGGCUAAAUGCUUUCUUGGUCGAAGACGAGCUGAAUGAUGAUCAAAUAAUGAACUUAACGUCACAGAAAUCAGAUGAAAGCUUAAGAAUUGAAAGAGGCAUUUUCAGCUGGUAUCCUGAAUCAACAGUUCCAACUCUGAGAGAUGUGAAUUUAGAAGUGCAAAGGGAGCAGAAAGUUGCAGUUUGUGGACCAGUUGGAGCUGGAAAAUCAUCACUGUUAUAUGCUGUACUUGGAGAGAUGCCAAAAAUUUCAGGAGCUGUUGAUGCAUUUGGAACUAUAGCCUAUGUUUCUCAGAUUUCUUGGAUACAAAGUGGGACGGUUCGUGAUAACAUACUUUAUGGGAAGCCAAUGGACAAGAACAAAUAUGAGAAGACCAUAAAUGCUUGUGCUCUGGAUAAGGACAUUAAUAGUUUUGACCGUGGUGAUCUUACUGAAAUAGGCCAGAGGGGGAUUAACUUGAGUGGAGGACAGAAGCAGCGGAUUCAGCUGGCGCGAGCUGUCUAUAGUGAUGCUGAUAUCUAUCUCCUUGAUGACCCCUUUAGCGCAGUGGAUGCACAUACUGCUGCAAUUCUAUUUCAUGACUGUGUCAUGGGUGCUCUAGCAAAGAAAACUGUAAUUCUGGUGACUCAUCAAGUUGAAUACCUCCCAGAAGUUGAUAAUAUUUUGGUAAUGCAAGGUGGACAAAUUACUCAAUCUGGAAGCUAUGAGAGUCUUUUGACAGCUGGAACAGCAUUUGAGCAGCUUGUGAAUGCUCACAGAGAUGCAGUAACAACAUUAGGACCUUCAAAUUAUCAAAGCCAAGAAGAUAUGAUUCAGAUAGAGGAGUCUUACGGGACUUGUGUCACUGGAAAGAACAGUGGUGGGGAUAUUUCUUUGAAGGGUGCACCGGGGGUGCAACUAACCGAAGAAGAAGAGAAAGAGAUUGGUGGUGAUGGAUGGAAGCCCUUCUGGGAUUAUAUUAUUGUUUCUAAAGCUGCUGCAACUUAUUGGUUAGCUCUAGCCAUUCAAAUUCCUAAUAUAACCAUUGGCAUGCUGAUUGGUGUUUACACUGCAAUUUCAACACUUAGUGCUGUCUUUGUGUAUCUAAGGACAUGCUUUGCAGUCCAUAUGGGAUUAAAAGCUUCUAGAGCCUUUUUCUCUGGUUUCACUGAGGCUAUCUUUAAGGCUCCCAUGCUGUUCUUUGACUCAACCCCCGCUUCAUCAGAUUUAAGUAUUUUGGAUUUUGACAUACCUUUCUGCAUUAUCUUUACUGUCUGUGCUGUCAUUGAACUGCUGACAACGUUUGCAAUUAUGGCUUCUGUCACGUGGCAAGUUCUCAUUGUAGGCAUUCCAGCCAUGGUUGCUGCAAAACAUGCUCAGGGUUAUUAUCUAGCCUCUGCUAGGGAACUAAUAAGAAUCAAUGGAACAACCAAAGCUCCUGUUAUGAAUUAUGCAGCCGAAACAUCACUCGGAGUGGUCACCAUUAGAGCUUUUAAAAUGGGAAACAGGACAGAAGCACUUCAGAAUUUGACCUUUUUUGUGGCUGCUUUUUUCCUUGUUUUUCUCCCUAAGGGUUAUGUUGAUCCAGGGCUUGUGGGACUUUCUCUUUCUUAUGGCUUAUCACUAACUGUGACACAAAUUGCCGGGACUCGAUGGUAUUGUAACUUAUCAAACUACAUAAUCUCAGUUGAAAGGAUAAAGCAAUUCAUGCAGAUUUCACCAGAGCCUCCAGAAAUUGUGGAGGACAAGAGGCCACCAUCUUCAUGGCCUAACAAGGGUAGGAUAGAGCUGUAUUCUCUGAAGAUAAAAUAUCGUGCAAAUGCUCCUCUAGUUCUGAAGGGUAUCACAUGCGCAUUCAAAGGAGGAACUAGAGUAGGAGUUGUGGGAAGAACAGGAAGUGGAAAAACUACACUCAUAAGUGCUUUGUUUCGCUUAGUAGAGCCAGUGAGUGGUACAAUUACUAUAGACGGCAUUGACAUCUGCUCUCUAGGUCUAAAAGAUUUGAGAAUGAAGCUCAGCAUCAUCCCUCAAGAACCAACUCUUUUCAGGGGUAGCAUCCGAACCAACUUGGAUCCUCUAGGCCUUUACUCCGAUGACGAAAUAUGGAGAGCUCUAGAGAAGUGUCAGCUCAAGGCAACAGUCAGUAGCCUACCUAAUCUUCUAGACUCAUCUGUAAGUGAUGAAGGGGAAAAUUGGAGUGCGGGACAACGCCAGCUCUUUUGCCUUGGCAGAGUCCUUCUCAAGAGGAACAGAAUUCUAGUUCUAGACGAGGCUACGGCGUCCAUUGAUUCUUCGACAGACGCGGUUCUGCAGAGAAUCAUCAGGCAGGAAUUUGCAGAAUGCACAGUGAUAACUGUAGCUCACAGAGUUCCAACCGUUAUAGACAGUGACAUGGUCAUGGUCCUCUCCUAUGGGAAGCUGGUGGAGUAUGAAGAGCCUUCAAAGCUCUUGGAUACCAACUCCUACUUCUCCAAGCUUGUAGCUGAAUAUUGGUCAAGUUGCAGGAGAACCUGA